UUUCUUUAAGGGCAAGAUCAGCUUGCUUAACCUCACUAUUAUUUCACAAAUUUUAUUUUGCCCAUUUACUGGAUAUCAUUUAAGAUUCAUGCAACAUUCUGUAAAUACUUGCUGGUACAGGUAUAUUAUUAGUUAUUUGCUGCUACUUUGAUCUCUCACUGUUUGAAAAUGUUUAUUGUUCUGUGGAAACAGUGUAGAAACUGUUUUAUGGUGGGUGUCAUGGGGGGAAAAUGUUUUUGAUUCAUAAAGGAAAUCAGUACUUUAAGUUUUGGUUGUUAACUUUGUUUUUUCUUAGUUCAGUGAAUUAAUAUAAUUAGAAUUGAUGACACUAGAAACAUACUUAAGUUUGAAUUGUACUUGAACACAUUUUCACAGAAAGUUACAAUGCGUGUACUUUCAGUCUAAUUAUAAAUCAAAUUGGUUUUCUGUGCUUCUUUUAAUGUAGAUAAGCUGUCUUGGAAAGGCUGUUAAAGCUUUCCUUGCAGCCACCUUCUACAAUGUUUUGUAAGAUGUCUUCUAACCUACCACCGAUCUUACAACACCUUCAGUAUCUUUACUUUUUUCUCUUUUGUUUUAGUGGCCUUAUUUGUAAAGUAAGUGCAGGGAAUGAGAAUGCUUAUCUGACAACAAACCAUUUGGCUACACUUGGAAAACUAGAGCCCACUGUUGUAUCUUUAGUGAUUGCCUUCAGGUACUGGGCAAAGUUGUGCUGUGUUGAUCGUCCCGAAGAAGGAGGUUUGUCACCUUACGUGUUUGCAUUAAUGGUCAUCUUCUUCCUGCAACAGAGGAAAGAGCCUUUUCUACCUGUCUACUUGGGAUCUUGGAUUGAAGGAUUCUCAGUAAACAAAUUAACUAAUUUUCAUAUUAAAGAAGUUGAAAAUGAUGCUGUGGUUUGGGAGCAUAACCCCCCUGAUGACGCUGAUGUGCCACAAGAAACUUCCCCUAAGAGGGGCAAGGUUCCCUUAGUAUUUGAUUCAGGACAGCGGUGUUCAGCACCUGCUGGGCAGCUCUGGGUAGAACUGCUUCGUUUCUAUGCCUUGGAGUUCAAUAUGGCUGAUUUGGUUAUUAGCAUACGACUCAAAGAAACAGUGUCUCGUGAAUUAAAGGACUGGCCUAAAAAGCGCAUUGCUGUGGAAGACCCAUAUUCAGUCAAGAGGAAUGUAGCAAGAACUUUGAACAGCCAGCUGAUGUAUGAGUAUAUUCUUCACUGCCUGAGAGCAACUUACAAGUACUUUGCCUUGCCUCACAAGAAAGAUGUAAAAUUGAGCAAAAAGUCCACUCCAAAUGCUAAUGAGGAGAAAUCCCAAAAUGUGGACCAUGGAAACGAUGCCAUAAAGCACAAAAAUUCUGACUUGCAAAACCUGGAUGACAGAAUGAACACAGCAGUAGUGGAAGAUUAUGUAAUUGAAACCACAGAUAUUCCCCAGGCGCAUACAACUGAUUCUUCAAAAGUGUGUGAUGGCUCAGAAAGCUUGACAGAAGAAGAACUGGCUGAUGAUAUAAGUCAUUUGGGAAUUGCCCGUGAAGAUUCAGACUGCAUAGUUGAGGAAGUUAUUUCUGGAGAUAAUGAGGGGUUUAAACCAAGUUGUGAGGAGACAGAGAGUGGAAAUGAAGAAGAGGAGGAAGAAGAAGAACAAGAAAGAAGAUGGAAUAUCUUGACUACUGAGCAGGGGAUAGAUGAAGACAGCGAUAGUGGAGAUCUUCCUGUUACAGUGAUAGAGCAUGAUGUAGAGACAUGCUGUAACUCAGACUUGGAAGGUUUUCAAAACACAGCACUUACAGAGAGUGAUGAGUUCGGUUUAGAGUGCAGUGGUAUAAUUGAUGACAAGAUUGAUGUUGAUGAGGAGAGCACUGAAGGUACUGAUGAACUGGAUGAAUCCCCACAAAAAUUCAUGUGUUCAACACAAAGUCAAUUAUCUGAAAUGAUUAACUCUGAUGAUGAGGAGGAAGAGGAGGAAGAAUCAAGUCUACUAAGCCAAGCAGUGUGUGGUGGUAUCAUGAGAGCUGAAGGUGACCUAGAUAACACAUUCCCUGGAUCUGGAGAUGAUGAUGCACUGUCAGAGGAAGAUGAUGAUUUGUCCAUCACCAAUAAAUAUGAAGACAAACAUUUCAAAGAAAAUGUGGAUGGAUCUCUGAGGAUCAAUCUGAGUCAAGAGGAUCUUACUGAAAAGGAACGUCUUUUUGAAGAGAACACAGGAAUAGAACAGUGUUUAGAAUCUGAACUCUUUUACGAAUUCAGUAAAACAGCUUUUACAAAGGGCAAGUCUCCUACAGUAGUGUGUAGCUUGUGCAAACGGGAAGGUCACUUAAAGAGGGAUUGUCCAGAAGACUUCAAGAAAAUUGAGCUAGACCCACUGCCACCGCUGACACCCAAAUUUUCAGUUAUUCUAGAUCAAGUUUGUGUCCAAUGUUAUCAGGAUUUUGCACCAAAUACUGUAGAGGAUCAGGCUCGGGAACAUAUACGACAAAACUUGGAAAACUUCAUUAGACUGGAAUUCCCAGGAACAAAGCUGAAUUUGUUUGGUUCCUCAAAGAAUGGCUUUGGCUUCAAACAAAGUGACCUUGAUAUCUGUAUGACAAUGGAUGGCCUGGAAACAGCUGAGGGACUUGACUGCAUCAGAAUCAUUGAAGAUUUAGCAAAAGUUCUCAAGAAACAGUCAGGUCUCAGAAAUGUCUUGCCUAUAACAACAGCUAAAGUCCCAAUUGUCAAAUUUUUCCAUGUCAGAAGUGGUCUUGAAGUAGACAUCAGUUUAUAUAACACUCUGGCCUUGCAUAAUACAAGACUCCUGUCAUCGUAUUCAGCCAUUGAUCCUAGAGUAAAAUUUUUGUGUUACACAAUGAAAGUCUUUACAAAGAUGUGUGACAUAGGAGAUGCUUCUCGAGGUAGCCUUUCUUCUUACGCCUAUACUCUUAUGGUGCUUUAUUUUCUUCAACAGAGAAAUCCACCUGUCAUCCCUGUUCUUCAAGAGAUCUACAAAGAACCAAAAAAGCCUGAAAUUUUAGUUGACGGUUGGAACGUUUAUUUCUUUGAUAAGAUAGAAGAGUUGCCAGAUGUUUGGCCUGACUUUGGCAAAAACACUGAAUCUGUUGGGCAACUGUGGCUGGGACUUCUUCGUUUUUACACCGAAGAAUUUGAUUUUAAAGAGCAUGUCAUCUGCAUUAGGAGGAAGAACCUGCUUACAACUUUCAAGAAGCAGUGGACCUCCAAAUACAUAGUAAUUGAAGACCCCUUUGAUUUGAACCACAAUCUUGGAGCUGGAUUAUCAAGAAAAAUGACAAAUUUUAUAAUGAAAGCUUUUAUCAAUGGCAGACGGGUAUUUGGUACUCCUGUAAAAAUAUUUCCUAAAGAAUAUCCAUCAAAAAUGGAGUACUUCUUUGAUCCAGAAGUACUCACAGAAGGAGAAUUGGCACCAAAUGACAGAUGCUGCAGAAUUUGUGGUAAAAUUGGCCACUUCAUGAAAGAUUGUCCCUUGAGAAGAAAAGUAAGACGGCGACGCGAUUAUGAAGAUAGCAAAAACCAGAGGUACCCAGAAAACAAAGAGAAAAGAAGCAAAGAGGACAAAGAAACCCAGAAUAAAACAACAGAAAAAGACAGCUCAGUGAAGGAGGGAAAGUUGCAUCCAUUUACACCUCCAAAGAGCAAACCAACAAGGGGAAUAGUGGAAACUGGAAGAGAAAAGAGUCCCAGGCAAUCAGCAGAGAAGUGGAAGCGUCUGGAAGACAGAGAGUUAAGAGAAAAACGUUGUUUUAUCUGUGGAAGAGAAGGUCAUAUCAAAAAGGAGUGCCCACAGUAUAAAGUAGCAGCAGGAGGAUCAAAGCUAGAAGCGUUGUGUGGAUCCCCUUCUUUACCAACUGUUGCAAAACAUGGUGGUCGAUUAAAUCAGGGAAUGCUUAUACAUGAAGAAAAAAAGAAACAAAAAGGAAAAGUAUUUUUGAGUCCCCAGUCAGGUUUGUAUGUCUUAAUUUCAAUUCAGAACUUCUGUGUAAAAGCAUGCAUUUUUAACUUGCUUUCUCCAUCAGUCCUAUUGGGAAUUCUGCCCAAUUUGCUGAACACAGCAGUAGUCUGGACAGGUUGCUAGAUAAUUCUGAAGUGAAAACAGUUGUUUUUUUUUUUAAAAGCUGGAAAUGUGCAUUUUAUUUCAGUUGUUUUGGGAGCAGAACAUAUAAGGCAUGUUAAUUCUGUCAGCCAUUUGUUCUUUAUUUAACUCUGAUAGAUUUAUUUUGCAGAAGGAUAUGGUGUUUUUAUCAAUCUUUCUCUUCUCUCCCUCUGUUUUGGCAUACAUGGGGUUCUGUGUUUCUCUUCAGGGACGACAUGUGGAGCACUUUCUUGUGAGGCUUCCUCAGAGUAAUCGUCUAGAAUUCCAUAUGAUCAGCUAACUUAGGAGAGACUAUGAAAGCACAUCCUUUGUCUGAGCUGCCAAAAUGCAAGAAAGUUAAAAUUACACUUACAAGUAGCAGUCAGAUGAUGACAUAAAGGCCUUUAUGUACUCUCUCUGGAUCAGAGAUGUUUUGUGCAUUGUGUUAGAUGCAUGGUUGCCGCUGCAGCUUCCUUACAGUAAUUUCACACACUUAUUAACUGAUACAGUGAAGAUUUUAAAAGCAACUGCACUUUUUAUUUUAUUACUUUGAGUUUUGAGUGCAACUGCAAACCAUUUAGCAGCUUAUUUUUUUUUCCAGGAAAUAUAUAUAAGUCUCCUCUGGGGCACCUGAAGGGGGAUUUGAGUAGUCUUUACAAAUUUCUGAAGACCAAACUGCUAUUAAGUACCUCAUUAGAGUCUCAGUUUUUUGUGGGAUGGGGAUAGUACUUCCUGUUUGCAUUGCAAGACUCUUUCAAAUAUACAUUUGGGGAUUUAAAGCACAAAGCAAUUUGUCAUUAGUUGUUUAGUUGGAAAAAAAAUAGUCUUCCUUGUUUAUAUUUUAGUAUCUCCUACUCUUCUCCAGCAGCUGAUGUUAUAAAGUUGAUCUGUGUGUGAUUUCAUUGUAGUUUGACUUAAUGGUAUUUUCCUCCUGUCUGGUUGUUUCAUUUGCUUUACGUCUGUUCUGUUUGUUGUUUUUUUUAAAUAUUAUUUUAAACCUCUAAACCUUUAAAGUGUGAUGCUUUUUUUUCCCCCCAAUCUCAGGCAGCCUUUCCAAUAAAUAUAUGACUCAGGGAAAAGCCUCACAGAAGAGGACCCAACAAGAAUCAUGAGGGAUAUGAAGCACUGUUAAAUUGCAAUACAGGCCCUUCAUUCACUUAAAAACUUACUUUGGCUAAAGCAUCUGGAUUCACAGGACAGCAGCAUAAACAAUCUUCAACUUAAAAUACCCAUGUUUCUUUAAAUUUAAUACAAAUUGCUAGUAAAACAAACUGGAUUUUAAUAUGGUCUCAUACCAUGGACCCCUGCUCUUACAUAGGUUGUUUCAGCAUUUUAAUAGAAAGCCACCAUAUUUUGUAUUUGUUUACUAGGUAAAUCAUAUAGAUAAGGGCAGGUACUAAAAAUGGACCAAGGUUUUAUCAUUCAGCCUGACCAUUUUAAAAUGCACUAAAAUUGUGUGCAAGCCAAAUAUGUAUUUUCUUCAAAAACUAAUUUUUGAAAGAGCAAAUAUUUAUAAAUGUUGAUUGUUUACUGAAUCCUUGUGUAAAAUUGUAUGAAAUGUUUGUAGACUGCUACAGCUGUGUUUGCAAACAGGUUUUUGUGGUGUUUUCUUUCCCCCCAUGUAGAGAACUGAAAACAUGGACACUAGGAAACAUAUGUAAAAGUCUCUGCAGAUAAGCAGUGCCAUUAAGGUUUUUGUUUUGUUUUGUUUUUCCCCUUCUGUAAUCUUAUGGGAAUUCAUUUGCUGCUGUGCUUGUGUACAAGAGGGGAAAAAGAAGGAAAAAAAAAAAAAAAAAAAGGACUAUGAAACAGGUCAGUCCUGUUUGAUGCUGCUAAGAAUCUUUUUCAUGACCUUGGGGAUACAGACAUAACUGCUUUAUGUAACAGAGAAAUGAUAUAUGGCAACUGGGGAAAACACGUCCAUUUUCAUAAAAUGUGAAUGGAAUCCUUGGACCAGCCAAGAAUUUAAGUAGUAUUAUCAACUUGAGCUUUACUUGAAGUCCUUCCAGAGCUGGUAAUGUACUCUCUAUCUUGUUCAGGAAAUAAUUAGUUACGUCGUAAAAUGGAAACCACUGUUAUUUAUGACUUUUAAAUAAAUUUUAAAAAA